AUGAACACGGUACAGACGUGGUGGACGUCUGAAGUACAGGCCUGGUAUGUGCUCGUUGCCGUUGCGAUUCCAGCAAAUUGCGACUAUUUGGAUGACAGUGUUUCCGGUUGUUCCUCCAAGUGCGCUGUAACCAAAGAUAAGGACCUCACCUGUUUCAAUUCGACGCUCGCGUAUUUUGAGAAGACGCUGUUUGGUGUUAUGAGGAACUAUGUUGCUGCACAGCUGAAUCUCGCUUCGCAUUCACCAGGUGGUGUUCCAUCCUCAAAGGAGCAGAUGGUGGCAUCAACGCUUGCGGUGAUGGGGAAGGUCAAUCCGUUAAAUAUCGAAGACGAAAAAGGACUAUUGACAACUGACGGUGCCAGAGCGAUUGUAGAGGCUCUUGUAGACAAUGUCCUGGCUAACAGUCCAGGGAAUUACGAGACUUACUGUCCUGAGGGAUGCGAGCAGUCGAAAUCGCCUUGGAUGUGGUGGUUUGUCGCUUCAGUGAUCGCGAACGUUCUCCUAGUUGCCAUUGCGUCUGCGUUCACGAUGCAUAGUAGUCUCAGGGCAAAGACCAUGCAUCAAGAUGUACAGAAAAUGGGCACUAAUGCAGGAAAGAUUGUGAAGCAGAACUGA